AUGGGGUCUGCAAAUGGAAAAAGCAAGCGCCCCUCGAGAGGCUGGGCAGUGCCAUCCUUGACGAAACGGGUGUGCCCCGUCAUCAUACAUUAUCCCAAACAACUCGCAUUUCUCGAAGAUCAGAAGUGCAUUGUCGCUGGCUCCGACUCUGGCCAUGCGGCCGUGUACAGGGUUGAGAAUGGCGAGCUGGAACAGACUCUUGCUUAUCCGAAAGGGGGGCUUGUCCAAGCAGUAGCUGGGUCUGCUGACAGCAAGUGGGAUUAUGUGGCCAUAGUAGGCACAACUGCCGGUCAGGACGCUAACGUGCUCCUGUUCCGCAAGAAGCGGAAAUCAUCUUUCACCUCAGCUGAAAUAUUUUUGACUCGGUGGAACUUGAUUUUCAUGUUAAUUGUCAUUUAUGCUGCGUACUUAUACCGCCCAACUGCCUUGAACUGGUAUUAUAAUAAAACAGAUCCCGCCUCGUCCUCUCCGUCCAAAGAAUCCCACAACUUUCCAUCCGAAUUCAUCCACACUCCACGUCCACAAAGGUUGUAUGAUAAGGCGAACGAUCUCGACUCUCCCUCACAACAUCACGAUCUGUAUGAUUCGAUGAGGGAUCUCGACUAUCUCUCUCAGCGUCACGAUCCUUAUGAAACGUUGAGAGAUCUCGAUUACUAUUCUUCGCAACCUCCCGGUCGCAACAAUCGUGAUGCGGACAGGCAUAUUUACCGCCGUCACAGUCUCAACAAUCGUGAUGCGGACAAGGAUUUUUUCCGCAGGAGUUUGGAAGAACGGGAUGAUCGUCAGUUUACCAACCCGGAGACGAAUCAGCAACGAAACUCCCGUCAGGCACGGGCUCUCCAAUCUCGUUCAGUCAAACAACAUGGCGUACCGCGGGAUUCUCUCUAUGACACUCGGCGUGAAGACACCCUUCACGGUGGAUACAGUGACCGCGUUGCCAGCGGUCGAGCCCGGGAUCCUGUGGUGAGACAAGUCAAAGUUGUCGACGAACAACGCAGAAACGCUCAUUCCUCUGACAGUGAGUCUGCUCAGAGUCAGGACCAGUUUGAAUCCAAAGGCGUGGCAAAGACUUUCUCUGGUAGCAGCGAAGGAGGUGAUUUUGUUGACGGUGAAGUGGUUCGACAUCGAGAUGCUGACCACGGGGAAGUCCACCCACAGUCCGAGAAAGAGUCGAAGCCUGAUCUAGCUGUGCCCAAAUAG